UGUCGCUUGCUUGACAGUAACGCUAAGUGAUGUCAUGGCUACCAAGCAAGCUAGUUUGUCUUCAAGGUUUAUAUAGAAAUAUUUGAGCUAAUACGGUGCAACUCCAAAAUGAAAUUAACUCGGAAACUUGUUCUCUCACGGGCCAAGGCGUCGGACCUUGAAAGCGUAAAAAAGUUGAAUUGCUGGGGCUGCAACCUGUCAGAUAUCUCAAUAUUCACUGAAAUUCCCAAUGUUGAAGUCUUAACAUUAAGUGCCAAUAACAUAUCCUCUCUGGAGCACAUCGCCAACUGUCAGCAUCUGACCGAGCUCUACCUGAGGCGGAACGACAUCCAGAGUCUUUCAGAGCUGAGCCAUCUUAAAAACCUCACCUGUCUCAAAGUUCUGUGGCUGGCGGAGAACCCAUGCUGCGACCCAGACCCGGUGAAGUACCGUUUGACAGUGUUGAGGAACUUGCCUUGUCUGCAAAAACUAGACAACCAGGUUGUGACUGAAGAAGAGCUUGCACUUGCUUUGGAAGGUGAGGAAGUGAUCACUCCUCCAGGUCCUGCCACAGCCAGUUCUACCAAUGGCCUCACAGAGGCAGACUCCGAGUACGACCCUCUCAAUUACAGUAUGGAGGAGACCAAUAAAAUCCCUGUGCAGUUGGGGAUGAAGCCAUUGCCUAGAGAUAAAUUUUCAUCUUCACGAGAAGCAGGGGCCUCCCUGAAGAAAAAGAGUCACACUCUGGAAGCUGUACUGCUCCUGCUGAAAGACCUGGACAUGGAGGAGCUGAAAACUGUUCAGUGUGCCACAGAGAACAAACUCAGAGCUCGCAGUAGACAGAAAGAGAAAAUAGCAAUUGCUCAGCACUGAAUAAGUGCUACUGCAUGCAGAACGACUAACAACAUAAAAUAGCUUUUUGAUAUAAAAGAAUCCAGGUUGAUAUUUUUACAGACAUUGUUGCCAGACUAAAAUAAACUCCCUGGUCAGCAACAAAUACAAGAUGUGAGAAAUAAAUGGAAAAAUCAACAUGAAGUGUCUUUAGUAAUGAUAGUAAGCCAUGGGCCAAUAACUACCUGUCUCAGUGCUGCACAGGAAGGACGACGAACACCAUUCUUCCAAAAGAAAUUCCCUCAACUGGUGUUAUGUUUCUCAUACAGUGCUACAAAGUUGACUAUAGGUGUUCAUCAGCGUUGAGAUCUGGUGAGCAUGACGGCCAUAGCAUCUAGCUGAAAUCAUUUUCACACCCAUCAGACCAUUCAGUGAGCCUACAUGUCCUGUUAAUGGGGCGGAGUCAUCUUGAAAGAGACCACUCCCAUUAAGAUAGAAAUAGAACAGCAUGGAUGAGCCACUGGUUUCUCCAUUAAUUUGUCACCAAAAUGUAUGUAUAGCUUACACACUAUAUUGGCAAAAGUUUGUGGACACCUGACCAUCACACCCAUGUGUGUUUGUUGAACAUCCCGUCCCAGAUUUAGUCCCCCUUUGCUGUUAUAGUAACCUCCACUCCCCUGGGAAGUUUUCUUUAGAUUUUGGAGUGUGGUUAUGGAGAUUUAUGAGCAUUAAAGAUGGUCAGGUACUGAUGUUGGGUGAGGAAACCUGGGGUGUUAUCUGUAUUCCAGUUCAUCCCAGAGGUAUUCAGUGGGGUAGAGGUGCAGAACACUCCAGUUCUUCCACUCCAACCUUGACAGACCAUGUCUUCAUGGAGCUCGUUUUGUGCACAAGGGCACUGUCAUGCUGUAACAGGCUUGGGCCUGUUAAUUCCAGUGAAGGCAAAUUGGAAAUGCUACAGCAUACAAAGACAUCAUUUACAAUGGUGUGUUUCCACCUUUGUGGCAAGAAUUUGGAGAAAGCUCACAUAUAGGUGUGAUGGUCAGGUGUCCUCAAACCUUUGGUCAUAUAUUAUGUGUGCACAUAUAUGCUAAUUUAAAAAUAGCUUCACAGAGAAAUUAUUAGUAAACUCUACUUUUUACAGACAUGAUCAUUGUAACAAAACAGAAUUAUGGCUUCUGCUGUAUUGCUUUUCCUGGUAUUAAUUUAGCAUUUCCUGUUCGUAUCUUGUUUAAACGGAUCUAAGCCUGCGUAUCGCAUUAGGAUCGGUCUAACAUCUGAUUGUUACCAAGUUACUUGUAUAUGUGUAUUAUGAUGGUAUUGCAGGAAUGUGACUAUAAAUGUAUAUUUACUGAACAUAUUUUUAUAUGUAAAUAAAUUGCAAUGCAUCAUAUUUAUUACAUAUCUGUACAUACUACAUACCGUUUACAAAAAGUGUCCAUGAUUUUACGUUUCAGUACUUGAAGUACUUGAGUUGAUUCAUUUCAGUUGGACUUCUACAGUGCAUGAAGACCUCUGAACUACCCAGCAUGCAGUAUGGCGAUCUGUGCCAGCUUACUGCUGCCUAUCCAUGGUAGUCAGAACAGGUACAGUAAAACACUAUUCAUAGACAGGUGGCCAGUCCUCAAAACAGUACUUUAAUCUCUUUCCGCUCCGAUUACUCAACAUCCUCUUUCUCCAGGAAGUCUGUGAGAGUUCCCGCAUCCACAGGGAUCAGAAGGUACUCUAUUCCAUCAGCUCCCUGCAAAAUAAAAUAACAUAUGUUAAUUUACAGGACAGAAACCCCCUUUUUAAUGUCUUGUAUUGAUUUAUUAUGAAAAAGUAACAUCUACUGUUUCACUGCUGACUUCAAUAUACAUUUAGCUCGCAUAACACUUCCUGCAAAUAGACACGCAUGCGCAUAUUCUCUGCUCUGGGUCAAUAAAUUCAUGACAAAUUCCAUGUUGGUGUAAUUAGGGCUUGGCAAUAUAAUCAAUAUAAUAUCAACAUUGUGAUAAAUUAUUACACAAUACACUAAGACAUUGUUGGUAUGGUGAUGUAUUUUUUGUUGUUUUUAAUAAUUAUUGAAUGGAGGUCGUUGAUUUGAUGUAAUUCUUUUUGUAGUUUCUUCUUUGUCUUUGUAGGCAUUAAAGAAAAGUAUUAUCGAA